CUCCCCUCCGCUGUGGUGUAAAUGUGUUUUUAAAAAAUCCUCUUUUAUCGCUUUUUGUUCAGCGUUAAAACUCCACAUCACCGGUUGGUUUAUACCGUGUGUUUAGAGCUCGGCUCCGCUGCAGUUUUUUGUCUGUUAUAAACAGCGGAAACUCCGGGGUAGCUGCAGUAGUGUUAUCUGUAUGGCGGGCGCUUCUCUGGGCUGGACGCUGGAGAGCGCUGCUGCUGUGAGCAGAGGAAGUGGCGGGUGAAGCAGGUCCGCACCUUUUCCGGUAACACAGCUCCACCGCGGCUCAGAGAGAGAGAGAGACUCGGAGAGGGGAAGAGAAAGAGAGAGAGAGGAGGUCUGGGGAGCGGGGGAGCGACCGCCGCGUUUUGAAGGGUGAGGAGAGAAGAGAGAGAGAGAGGGGAGGACGGAAACUCGAAGGAAUCAAUGACCUCUGGAGUUCUCCCGGGCGCUUUUCUUCAGACUCCGCUCCUCUGGUUCGCCAUUAAAGACCGUAUUCGUGGGCAUGAACUCCUCCUGAAGCGGAUCCCGCCGCUCGAGCGCGCCGGAUAGAGCGCGGGGGACAGCCGGCACUCCACCAGCUAUACUACAAGAAGGAAGUCUGAACUACUGCUGCGGACUGUCGAGAGGGCCUGCUCAAGCGCCGCAGCUUCUAAUCUCAAGUCUACGAUAGCCCACGCUGUCUCAGCAGCAGCCCUGCACCCAGCCUGAGAGUGGACCUGAAGGACCUACCCUUGGCCAGCUGACACCAAAUAAACAAAAGGUGCCACUUUUGUUGAGCUACCAGCAGCACUCUGAGGAGACAGGUUAAAUAAGGCUGCUAAUCCACACCCUCUGCUGAGCACGUUUUUUCUUUUUCUUCAAACUUCGUGUGGUUUGUUUGUUUGUUCUUCUCUCAUGUGUUUCACUCAUUCGUCUAAAAGAACUGUGCUAAACCAAUGAGAAGGUGUUCUCCUCCUCUUUUUUUCAUCCUUCAUUUGGUGACAACACAGCCUGUCUCGUUCCUCAGCCAUUGAAGAGUGUUACUACUGUUUGUACUCAAGCAAUAUUCUAUUUCUGUUACAGUAUCUCUAUCUAAAGCAUUGUGGUGUUACAUCCAAAAAAGACAAGUAUUAAAGUAGCACAUAACCUCGCCAAAGGUACAUAACCACCCAAAGAAGCCUGGACCGUCCCUCUCUUUUCUCCCUAAUAACCAUAAUAUAUGCACAGCCAACAAGAUGGGGAAAAUGCUUUCAAAAAUCUUCGGCAACAAAGAGAUGAGAAUAUUGAUGCUUGGACUUGACGCAGCCGGCAAGACCACCAUCCUUUACAAACUGAAACUCGGACAGUCCGUCACCACUAUCCCAACCGUCGGUUUCAAUGUGGAAACGGUCACCUAUAAGAAUGUUAAGUUUAACGUGUGGGAUGUGGGCGGACAGGACAAGAUCAGACCCCUGUGGCGGCACUACUACACAGGCACUCAGGGGCUCAUCUUUGUGGUGGACUGUGCUGACAGAGAUCGCAUUGAUGAGGCUCGACAGGAGCUGCACCGCAUCAUCAACGACCGAGAAAUGAGGGAUGCGAUCAUCUUGAUCUUCGCCAACAAGCAAGACCUUCCUGAUGCAAUGAAACCCCACGAGAUCCAAGAGAAGCUCGGGUUGACCCGCAUUCGAGAUAGAAAUUGGUACGUUCAACCCUCUUGUGCCACGACAGGUGAUGGACUGUAUGAGGGGCUGACUUGGCUCACUUCAAAUUAUAAAUCUUAAUGUACUGUUCAGUUGAACUGGUCAGUGCAAAAGAGAAAAAAAGAAGAAAAAAAAAACAAUGAAACUGAAGAUUUAACAAAUAACGUUGCUUCUCAAAUCAGUCAGCAAAAAGAAGUUUGAUUAUAAUCUUGUUAAUUUUGAUGACUCCCUGUAAUGUUUUUUUUUCUCUUUUCUAUACUGUACCAAUCCUCUCAGCUGGCUCUUACAUUUGCUUUGGCACUAUAAUAAUUCUAAAUGACAACUACCAUCUCACAAUAUUACAUAAAGUAUUGUUUUGAAGGUA